ACUUUGCGACGAGUCGUCAGAAGAAAUCGCCGGAGAGGGCAGACCGAUGGCUAGGGCCGUUUAGCGUAUACCGUAUCUGAAACUGUUAUAAAUUUACUGCCCAUUUAGCGGAGUUGUGCUAUGUCUUCAGGAAUGACGGGGCAAACACCGUGCCUAACUAGCCGUUGGGAUAAGCCAGCGCAGCCCAAACAGAGUGUAGAUGUACAGCAGCAGAAGAGCAGUGAAAAAGCAGCCCACCCCAUCUCGUUACCAGGAGUUGUGGCUGCUGCUGGCUCAAACAGCACAGUUUCCCAGCCACCAGAAACGGGAGGACAGUCUCCUCAGGGAGGUGUUGAAAUGGCUGCGGCAAUGGCAGCUAAAAUAAAUGCUAUGUUGAUGGCAAAAGGAAAGCUGUUGACUCCUCCACCCUUACUUGCAAAGACCCCUCCAAGUGUGCCUGUGCCAGCCGUUACAGAAGAGAUGGUGGUCACAGAGGUCGACAUAAAUGAUGUGCCAUUAAACUCCAGGGACCUUCUUACUAAAGGCAAAACUCAGGAGGAGAUCCGACAGUUUAGUGGAGCCGUUGUUUCAACAAAAGGUCAUUAUAUGACUGAAGCUGAAAAGGGAAUAGUAGGAGGACAAAGACCUUUGUAUUUGCACGUUCAGGGAAAGACCCAAGAGCACGUCAACAAGGCUGUGAUGAGGAUAAAGGAGAUCAUCUCUGAGGAUGUGAUGAGGACCUCAGCAGCAUCAGGGGGACAACAGGUGCCUGUAAUUCCACCGCUCACACUCUACCCUCAGCCACCUCGACCUGUCGUUCCUCCUACCGCACCACGGAUGCCCAACACCACUUCAGUGCCAGCCCAGGGCCACCGACCAGCAGCUCCUCAUUUAGGGAGUUUUGUGCACACAAAGAUUUUUGUGGGUCUGGACCAGGCUUUGCCUUCAUUCAAUGUAAAAGAAAAGGUCGAAGGUCCAGGAGGUUCGUAUCUGAGUCACAUCCAGACAGAGACGGGAGCUCGAGUCUUCCUCAGGGGAAAAGGUUCUGGAUACAUAGAACAGGCAUCAAGACGAGAGUCCUUUGAGCCUCUUUAUGUCUACAUCAGCCACCCAAAUGCAGCUGGAUUGGAGUCAGCAAAGAAACUCACUGAGAGUCUCUUGGAAACUGUUAGAGCUGAGCAUGCACGUAUGGUGUCGGUAUACACAGCCACCGGCUCAACGCAGUCAUACGCAGUACAUGGAUUUCCACCUAAUAGCAAUUACUCUAGCCAGGGGUCCUGGUAUAACUACCCAGCAAAUGGGUAUGCUGGCGGCUAUUCAGCGUACCCAGGAGCCACUGGUUAUUGGAGUAAGGCAAAUGGUCCCCCAAGUCAUUCUAACUUGUCGACAAACCCUCCAUCUUCUCAGGCAAUGGUUCAGUAUCCGGUGUGUCCUAGGAAACCGCAUCCCUAUCUUGUCCAGGAUCCAAGCAGAAGUGAGACAGUGGAGCCUGAAGGAUCUUUAAAUACCCCCCCUGACUCAGGAAGUCCCAACCAUCAGUUCCAGGAGGGGGCUGAGGAUGAAAAGCCCUACAACAUUUCUCCAGAGGGUCCAGCUCACCAGGAGUCCAGCCUUCCUGCACCCAGUGUUGGUGAGGUGAAAGAAGAAGAAAGGAUCCUGAUGCCUCCACCGCCGCCUCCCUGCGUGGCUCCUGCCGCUGUUGCCCGCAAAAGGCCAAGAGAUGCAGUGACAGAUGAUCCAGCUACUCUGCCCAGCAGCACCGCUUCAUUGGGUAUUCAAGAGGAGGUGUGCGAGAAGAAGGCUAAAGUGGUCAGUGAUACGUCGGGGCUAGUGCCCUAUGGAGGGGAUUCCUCCGAUGAAGAGGAAGAGAGGACCCACAGCAGUAAGACAGAUAACUCAUAACCUCUGCCCCGUCCCAUCCCCACUGUCCAGGAUUAUUCACAGACCCAAAGUCCACAUUCAGUAGAUCAACAAGUUCCACAAAUGCAACUCGCAUUAAAGGAAAAGUCCACCCUUGUAUUAUACACUGUUCUGGCAUGUUAUACCACAUUUACUACAAAGAAAAAUGUAUUAGCAUAAAAAGGAGAGACCUUUUUAUUUCUAAAAUUCUUCCAAACAGAUGCAGUUUUUACUUUUAACUUUGUAAGCAUCUUUGAGACACUUCUUUAAAAGUUCUUGUACCCCUUUUAUUAUUCACGUACCUUUUUAGGACAGGCAGCUGAGCUUCAUAGCCCAUCAGACUUUAUACAACAUUCAUGUAAAGUAUUAAUGAUUAGGAAGCAGUCUUGCUUUUUUUUUUUUUUUU